AACCUCCAAUGCCUCCAUUCAUUCUCCUCCUCACAAUAACGUCUGUUUUCUUUCCUUUCUCAUUCUCCAUUGAUGACCAAGGCCUAGCUCUUCUCUCAUGGAAAAAGACACUCAACACCUCCUCAAACCUUCUCAACUCAUGGAACCCCUUAGACAAAAAUCCAUGCAACUGGUUUGGAGUCUCAUGCAACAAGAACUCAGAGGUUGCCAGCCUCACAUUCAAAUCAAUAGACCUCCAAGGCCCAUUGCCUUCAAACUUGCAACCUCUCACUUCACUGAACUCAUUAGUCCUCUCUGAAGCCAAUAUCACUGGCUCGAUACCGAAGGCAUUUGGUGAUUACCGACAACUUACUUCUAUUGAUCUUAGCAAGAACCAAAUCUCCGGAGAGAUUCCAACAGAAUUAUGCAAGCUUACCAAGCUUGAAUCAUUGUCUCUCAACUCAAAUUUUAUCCAAGGAACCAUUCCUUUUGAUAUCGGAAAUUUGUCAAGCCUGACUUAUCUAACUCUAUAUGAUAACUAUAUCAGUGGAGAAAUCCCGUCGAGCAUUGGAAAGUUGACGAAGCUUGAAGUGUUCAGAGCUGGUGGCAAUCAAAAUUUGAAAGGAUCAUUGCCUUCAGAGGUUGGUAACUGCACCAACCUGCUAAUGUUGGGCCUUGCAGAAACUAGUAUCUCUGGUUAUCUCCCUUCUACGAUUGGGAAGCUGAAGAAGAUUCAGACUAUUGCUAUAUACACUGCUCUUCUCUCUGGUUCAAUCCCAAAAGAGAUUGGCAACUGCACUGAGCUUUCAAAUUUGUAUCUGUAUCAGAAUUCGUUAUCAGGAUCGAUUCCACCUGAGCUCGGAGGUCUUGUGAAUCUUCAGACUCUGCUACUAUGGCAGAAUAGCUUGGUGGGUUCUAUUCCAGCUGAAAUCGGAAAUCUCAAGGAGGUAAAUCUCAUUGAUUUGUCUCUCAAUCUUCUUUCGGGGUCUAUACCGAAAACUAUUGGCAAUCUCCCAAAGCUUCAGCAACUUCAGCUGAGUACUAAUCAGCUCUCUGGUCAUAUUCCUCCCGAGAUUGCCAACUGCUCAACACUAACCGAUAUUGAAGUCGAUAACAACAACCUCUCCGGUGAGAUUGAUAUCGAUUUCAAGAAGCUGCCAGGUCUCACGUUGUUCUAUGCUUGGAAGAACAGAUUGACUGGAAAUAUUCCAGUUAAUCUCUCAGAAUGUCAGAAUCUCCAAUCUCUUGAUCUCUCUUACAACAACAUGACAGGUCCAAUACCAAAACAGCUACUUGGGCUACAAAAUCUCACCAAGUUAUUGGUUCUGUCUAAUGAGCUCUCUGGAUUCAUACCACCAGAGAUUGGCAACUGUACAAAUCUUUUCAGGCUAAGGCUGAACCAGAACCGUCUAUCUGGAUCGAUACCUGCAGAGAUUGGAAUGUUAAAGAAUCUGAAUUUUCUUGAUUUUAGCAGCAAUCGACUCGUCGGUCAGAUCCCUCCAUCGUUGUCAGGCUGUGAAAAUCUCGAAUUCCUUGAUCUUCAUUCAAAUGCCCUUGGUGGAGCUUUGCCAAGUUCACUUCCGAAAUAUCUACAAGUCAUCGACAUCUCAGAUAACAUGCUCAGUGGCCCAUUAGGGCCCGCCAUCGGGUCACUGGCAGGGCUGACAAAGUUUGCUGCAGGGAAAAAUCGGUUCUCUGGCAGAAUUCCCUCAGAGUUCAAGUUCUGUACUAAACUCCAACUGUUAGAUCUUGGCGCCAAUACAUUAUCCGGUGAGUUACCAGCAGAGCUCGGCCAAUUGCCAGAGCUCGAAAUCUCUCUCAACCUCAGCUGCAACAGUCUCUCUGGCGCAAUUCCAUCACAAUUCUCAGGUCUUAGCAAGCUCGCAAUCCUCGACAUUUCCCGCAACAAUCUCAGAGGCAAUCUCUCUCCUCUCGCUAAUCUCGAGAAUCUCGUCACCCUGAACAUUUCCUUCAACAGCUUCUCAGGCGAACUGCCAGAUUCGCAAUUCUUCAGGAAGCUUCCCAUUUCUGCCCUCACCGGAAACCAUGGGCUGUUCAUCUCUUCUGGGCCCGCAUCAGACACGGGUACGAAAGCAGCUCCAAUGUCAGCUCUAAAACUAGCCAUAUCAAUCUUAGCGAGUGUCGGUGCAAUAUUGGCGUUGAUGGCUGCGUACGUGUCUAUUCAUGAUCGAAUAACUCCCAAGAGAGACGAAAAUGGUACAUGGGAAGUGACAUUGUACCAAAAGCUAGAUUUCUCGGUUGAUGAUCUCGUUCGAAGGUUGACAUCAGCCAGUGUCAUUGGGACGGGGAGCUCUGGUGUAGUUUACAGGGUCGACUUACCAACAGGCGUCACCUUGGCGGUGAAGAAAAUGUGGUCAGUAGAGUCAUCACAAGGGACAAGUGCAUUUCAUAAUGAAAUUUCAACGCUAGGCACAAUUCGACAUCGAAAUAUCGUGAGAUUAUUAGGUUGGGCAGAAAAUGGGAGUACAAAACUUUUGUUCUACAAUUACUUGGUGAAUGGUAGUUUGAGCGGAUUCCUACACCGGGGUACGAAGGGAUCUGGGGAUUGGGAUGUCAGAUAUGAUAUUGUAGUAGGACUAGCAAACGCUAUCGCAUAUUUGCAUCAUGAUUGUGUGCCUGCAAUCUUGCACGGAGAUGUUAAAAGUAUGAAUGUGCUGUUGGGGUCGAGACUUGAAGCGUAUCUGGCAGAUUUCGGGUUGGCCGAGGUUUUGAAUGGUGGUUAUAGCAGUGAUAUGAAAGUGAAGAUUAAGGGCUCGCCGAAGAUUGCAGGAUCUUAUGGCUACAUCGCUCCAGAACACGCUUCAAUGCAAAGGAUCACAGAAAAGAGCGAUGUCUACAGCUACGGUGUAGUCCUGCUCGAGGUUCUAACAGGUAGACAUCCAUUAGACCCAUCACUGCCAGGAGGAACACAUCUAGUUCAAUGGGUUCGCGAUCACUUAGCAAACGAAUGUGAUCCGACGGAUCUCCUUGACUCAAGACUACAAGGUCGACCAGAGUUUCACAUACAAGAGAUGAUUCAAGCAUUGGCCAUCUCGGUAUUGUGCGUGAGUGCUAGGCCUAAUGAGAGGCCUACGAUGAAGGAUGUCGUUGCAUUGCUUAAAGAGAUCAGACGAUCGGUUGUUGAUGAGGAGAAGGCACCAUCAGCUAGUUUUACUGCUAAAUCUCCUGCUCGGGAUGUGGAUUUGGAGGGUUCUUCGACUUGUUCAUUUGCUACGUCAGAUUGUUCUAGCCGAAAUUAGCAAGGAAAUUGGAGCUUUUGCUUGCCCUUGUAAAUCUCAAGUUAAUAGAAAUAUAGCAAUGUAUCUCUUGAAAGAGAUUUUGGAUGUAUAG